UCCGGACGGACAUUCUAAAGUCGGUCAUGACUCCAGAAGAGCUCAGUUUGAGUGUGCACAGGAGCGAACAAGGUUGUCGGUUUGUGGUGGAUCUACCAGCUGUGUUCACCUCUGCGAAUAGUAGUAUGGUUGUUGGAGAGGUUGACAGCAAAGAAGGUGUUCUGGGCACCUCCACCUUUUCCGACUCGGAGCAGCAGCAGCACGGCCACCGUGCGCCUGAUGUGGCGAGAAUGGCUGCUGAUAACUGUAGAGUAGUACAUCCGCUAGCCGCUUCCGCCUGCGAGCACACUAUGCAGCAUCACCCUGCAGGUUGUACCGAGGGAAAGCGUUCGACUCCAGUGCCAACGGGCGCACAAAUGCGAAGUCUAAGCUACCACCAUGCAUGCCAUGGCACGGGAAGGAGGACUCCACACUCGUCCACAACCCCGGAGAUUCACUGUACCAUGCCGAACGAUGAUGCAACAUCACACGCCACAGCAUCACCAAUCCUCGGCAGACCGGACUCGCAACUAGUACGCUUGAGGACGGGCACACGAUCUGACUCCCAGGCCACUAAUCUCAGUUUGGCAGGCACGGGCACACUUUCUACGCUCGAUCUCAGUGACGAGGCGGCCGACAAUCCAUUCCAGAAUCCCCCGUCUGACCGGCGCUACGCCCCUAAGCGCAUUCAGCAGCUCAGCUUGUCCUCUCUGCCCAUGGGGCCGGGUCAGAAACCGUGGUACCACUGCAAACAACUGCACAGGCACGUGUCCACAAAGCAGCGAAGCGUUCGCGACUUGGUCCGCAACCUUCGGAAGGUGUUCAAGCGCAAUCCGCGACUGGUGCAUAGGCAUUCGAAAAGGACGAAGAAACGCAAAGGUCGCCGAGGCGGGAUGUCGUCCUCAGCCCUGACGCCCACUCACACAGCGGACCAGAAUGGAGGAGGGCGCAUUUUGUCGGAGAACGGUGCGCUGACCAAGAGCGGAAUUUGCCCCGAUUGUUCGUCGGUGGUGCCGUACACGGCGCAUCGAGCGGCGAUCUCCGGUCAUCUGGAGUGCCUGAAGAUCAGUGUGCAUCGAGGCUGCAAGGUGACCUCACGCAGCGGUGACACUCUGCUGCACGUGGCGGCCAAGCACUGUCAGCCGGAAUGUCUCAGGUGGAUUCUAGAGAAGUGCCAGUCCUUGAAGGUGACGGAUACGAAUGCCAAGGCCAACACGGUCCUGCAUUGUGCAAUGGACGGUGGCAACGUGGAGUGUGUCAGGAUGCUGUUCCAGGCGAUAUCAGGCCGACCGGACCCCCUGGUGUCCGACGCUCUGGACAGCAUGAUGCAAAAGACCAACCAAAGCGGUAUGACACCCUUGCUGGUUGCUGUCAUGCACAACCAGCUGGAGCUAGUGCGCUGGCUGCUCAGCGUGUUUGGUGCGCGCAUUCCGGGAGCGGUCAACAACUCUGUUGGCGGUGCCACGGUAUUCCACUAUGCUGCUGCUUUGGGUUCCGUCGAACUACUGACCCUUCUUCACCAGCACUUGCCUGCUCUGGCCGGCCUGGGUGUUCCGAAGACAGGAAAGCUGCCAAUCCACCUUGCGGUGCACACAGGACACUUGGAGGCUGCUCAGUUCCUCAACAGAAUCACAACGAAUGGCCUGCUGGCUAAGUCCGUGGAUGGCAUGAACUGCUUUCACCAGGCAGUGCAGAACGGCCAUCUGCCGUGUCUGGAGUGGAUGGUAAAGGAGAUGCUGGCCAAGGGCAAGCUGAUCGCCGACUGCCUGACGUACAUCGACAACGAGCAGGCGUCGCUGUUUCACUUUGCCGCCGCCUUCGGCGAGACCAAGUGCAUGCAGUUCCUGCUGCACUGCCUGCCGGACAAAUCGUUUGCCGUCAACACACGCGACGUGUGGGGCAGGACUCCGCUGCAUGAUGCCGCUGAGAAAAAUCACCUGAACUGUUUCAAGCUCUUGCUCGCAUCCGGCGCAGAUAUUUACAGCAAGGACAAGAAGGGAAACGCGCCAUACGAGAUCGCCAUGAAGCAUGGAAAGCUGGCCAGCUUCUUAUCGCAGAACAUGCGCGGCGACAAAGCACCGCCACCCAAGGCACCGCGCACCUGGUCCCCAGACCAGGACACUGUCGCAACAGUACCACUUGGUCGGGCCGUUGAUCAUCGCACUAGUGUACGUUACAAGGCCAAGGCACCGCGUACCCAGCUAGUCGAGCACACCAACCAGCAGAAGUCCACCACGGCGCCCGAGCACAUCUACCGAGCGGUGACGGUCUCCACCAGCGAUGACGGCUAUGCCAGUGCGGCGGCGGCGGUGGUGAUGUCACCAAGCCCCGACGACAACAUGGUGUUUGUUACCCCACCCGGCAGUCCCGAUGGUGCUCGCAAAGAGCAAGCCAGGACCGAGAGCCUCAAUUCGGAUGCUUUCGCAAAUGGUGAGACGCCGCCAGCCUCUCCCGGUUUACUGCCAGCAAUGCCUAGCAAAGAGCGCUCUGCGUCCGUGUGCGAGGGCAUGCACGAGAUGGCGUACACUGUGCCGGCGCCGGAAAACCAGCCAUCAGUCAAGAUCAUUCAUGCCAUGACAGCGGACUCUCGCAUUACGCACGAGGUCAGCAAGCUAUCGUUUGCAAUGGGCAUGUUCAACGUCAACAGCAGCAUUGUUCGCGUGAAAAAGAACACGUUUGAGGGGGAAAAGGUCCGCUGCCCUGCCGAAAUGCGCGAGUGGCUUGAAGUCGAGAGGUCCAGUUGCGAUGCUUUGAUCUACAUUUGCACGAGCCAGCUACGAGAACUGUUCGAGACGGCCAUCCGCGGUGGGAAGAAGGCAAAGGACAAGACCCCGGACACCGCAGUACACUCGUUUUCGCUGCCUCAUGACCUGCUGUCGAUCAUGCACCCGAUUGUGACGCUCCAUGGUGCGUCGUCGCGACAUCGGCCGCCGUGGCUUUCCAAAUGCCCCGUGCUGUACUGGCCCAAGAAUCAGCCCUCGCUCUUCGCAAAGCUGAAGAUUAAGCACCCUGAGCAGCAGCUGAGUUUGCCGACUCGACGUUCACGGGCCAAUACCAUGUAGUCUAUAGACUCGAUACUGGAGAAAAUACACGUCUUGUCAUGCUUCGCAGUGCGAAAAAUGACUCCCAGGCUCUCUCUCUCUCUCUCUCUCUCUCUCUCUCUCUCUCUCUCACACACACACACACACACACACACACACACACACACACACACACACACACACGUGCAUCUGCCAAUGCCGUACACGACACGGAAUUUCUCGUUUUUUUCACAUAUUUCCUGGAAUGGCAGUCCAUGAAGUAUCACCCAAGAGCUCCGACUUCUAGGAGGAUCACGAUCACAAUUUCUAUUCCGUUGCUGCCUGGGGCGCACUCCUAGAUGAAUAACACCGUUUCCAUGACGUGGUAGCGAAUAGUGUUGCUGAGCUCUUUCAUAAAGACUAGUAUGUUUACACCCUUUUGAGAAUCUGCGUUUGCUAUUGACACUCUUUGCAUCGAAAUCUGUUCAUCCCCAUUGAGACCCAUGUCAAGUGAUAUUAUUUUAAUCGUUCUUGCUUGCUUUUCGCAAUGACAACUUGAAAAGCAUACUAUAGUGUAUCUAAUUCACACAGUAUUGAAGUCAGCAGAGUUUGCGCUGCUCCUUUUGAAAACAUGCUUGCAUAUUUACUUGAUCUACCCGUUAACUCGCUACAAAAGUGCUUUUUAAUUUUAUUACCACUGCAACUUUUUAUGAACCUGCUGGGCCAUCAGAAACAAA